AUGACUAAACACCUGCAGCAUAUGAGAAAGGUAUUUUCCAUUCUCUCAACAAAUUCUCAUCAUAUUAAUGCCAAGAAAUGCAGAUUUGGAGAAAGCAAACUAGAGUAUUUGGACAAUUGGGUGUCAGCAGAAAGAGUAGAAGUCGUUAAGGAGAAGAUAUCUGCCAUGACUAAUCGGCCAAUUCCUAGAAAUCUUAAGGAACUCCGUAGGUUCCUAGGGCUCACUGGAUAUUAUAGAAAAUGUAUUGCCAACUAUGCUUCAAUUGCAUGGCCACUAACACAAUUACUAAGAAAAUAUGCAUUUUGUUGGUCAGGAGAAGCACAAGUAGCCUUCUCAACCCUUAAACAAGCAAUGACUAUGGCUCCGGUAUUAGCAUUACCAAAUUUUUCACAAGAAUUUAUCAUGGAAACUGAUGCUUCUAGAUCAGGUGUUGGGGCCGUUCUCAUGCAACAAAGGCGCCCAAUAGCUUAUUUCAGUCAAGCACUUCCAAGAAGAGCCCAAUUAAAAUUAGCCUAUGAACGAGAGUUGAUGGCUAUAGUGUUGGCAGUAAGGAAAUGGAGGCAUUAUCUUAUGUGUCAGCAUUUUAUGAUUUAA